UUUUGACCUUGCUCUGACUGACGUGCGUUACCACCGAUACCACAUUUCUACCUUAAUUUUUCCGAUCUCGACCACCAACCACCAUAGCUCGUCCUUGUACUUUUGGCCCACGCCCACGACUGCGAAUCAUUUCACCCACAUUCUCGCAGCACUCGCCAGAUGUUCACCUCAUGUCCAGCCCGUCUAGUAAGCUCGAAAAUGCCGCACCCGCUGCAUCGCUGAGCUCUCCUGCUCCGCCAGAAUCGGUGGCUCACCAUCACCACCAACAACCGCGGCCAGACGUGAAGCCGGGACCAGAGCCAGAGCCAGCACAGCACAUACUGUCUCCUGGCUCAGCUAAUUGGGCCACCACGUCCACGUCCCCUUCCCAGUCCCCUGGAAUUGUGCAUGAGGACGUAGGUGUGGAUGCCGCGACUGGGACCACGAAUGAUGAUGCUAUCGUUUCUUCUCUAGUGAUUGAUUCUGUUGAGGACCCCGUACCUGUACCUUUAUCUCUCCCUCCACACCCAGCGGCGCAUGUCUCUGUUUCGCCGUCCGAGGUGCUAGGUUUAGGUACCCCAGAAUCCAAUCAUGCAUAUUCGAACCCUGCCGUCCCGUCUACCGCCGACCAGGGCAGUAAUAAAAAGUCCCGUCCUCCCAUCACUACGUUGCGAUCUAGUGGUCCCUCUUUGUUAUCCCAAGCUCUUGCUUCCGCCAGGGGCAUCCUCCCGAGCUUGCCCUCCCCAUCACAAUCCGAGACUCGCCGGCCCGAGCAAAGGUCAUCGCACUCCUUUGGGGGCUCCCCAAGCAAUACAUCAAAGGCACCACAUGAUUAUCGAACCGCUCAAGUCGGCAGUGACUCUCAUGAUGAGACGAAUUCACGGGGUGAGGGCGUACCCUUAGUACCGAGAGUGCCUUCACAUGAUCAAGUGACGUCUGCUUCAACUACUGCGGCAGCACUUUGUACUUCGCCAAUUGGUCUUCAAACCCCAGAAACCCCCCAUUCCCCCAGUGUCGAGAUGCCAGGACGAACGAGCACCACCGUUACGGUCGACGGCUACCGAAGUCUGCUCAAUGGCACCAAGGACAGACCUAGAUCACUAGAGCGUACCGAGAAGGAGAUUAGAACCCUCCAACUCGACGUUGACGGCAGUAGCUCGGCGAAUAUUGGUGACACCGCCUUAUCACAUCACGGAGGCAUGAUUGGGCAACAAAACAACAAAGCCUCAGAUACUAAGGGGGCUGAUCCCCGCAUACAGUAUCGGACUUGGCGAGCCGAGCGCACAGUAUCAGUCGGCCCUGAGAAGGCCUGGUCGAUUGGUAAGGGAGACUUGGCCGGCGCCGAGCCUGGUCAGGUUGAGAAAUCCAUUACAGAAGCACUUGCCGGUGUUGAGCCAACACGUAGUCGGAAGGCCAGUCACAGUCUCCGAUUCUUCAAGGAGGGUUUGCCCGAUGAGAAGGGCAAACGGAAGGACGCCAGACGCAAAGAUGAGUUAGGCCUACACAAAGAUCAGCAUGAGGGCAAUCAGAAGCAGGGAGCAGAUGUCAUCCAGCCUGCCUCGCCCUCUCCAAGGCUAUUCCAAGACAUUAUGGGACUUUCAGCCGACCAUGCCUACCCAUCCACCGGCUCAGCCGUGGAAUCUCCUCUUGAGGAGAAGAGUGUUACUGAUUACUUUGGUAUCAACCCGCAGCAGAAAGACCACGAUGAGUCUCGACAGCUGUCGCCAAUUCGCGAACGACGUGACAGUAGACCUGCUGAUCAAGAAUCGUCAUCAGGCCCAGCAACAACUAAUGGCCACCAUGAAAUACUGAAAGAAUCGACAGAUGCGACCGUGGCUGCAAGUACGCCAGAGGAGUGCGAUGAUUCUGGUGAGGAGAAAAUCUCAUCGGCCUUUUUCGUGCCCCAUCAAGCGGCUCCGGAGGCCAAGCCAGAAAGCCGCUCUGGACGACCACUUCCAAUCCAUCGCCAGUCCAUGGUGAAGGAUGUAAGUCCUUGGCUUGUGAAGGCAGAUGAGCCAGAGACCGAAGACGGGAGUGCAGAACAACGUCUUGACGGCCACCUUGAAAAUCAUAAUCAAGCUGUUUUGACUCAUAAUGGUGACGACUUCGCAGUCGAGGAAGAAGCUACCCCUGUCGAGAAAUCACACACUGGUCCAGGUAGACUAUCACGCCCGGUGUCUCAAUACUAUGAUGACCACGUACGUGAUCAUCAGUAUGAGCCCAAGGGACCUGUGGAGGCCAUUGAACUCAUUCCUUACAAGCACCAAGUCGGUGGCCACACAACUUUGUGGAGGUUUUCCAAACGCGCAGUCUGCAAACAAUUGAAUAAUAGUGAAAACAAGUUCUACGAAAACAUCGAGCGUUACCAUCGCGACCUGUUGCCAUUUUUACCGAGGUAUAUCGGUGUGCUCAAUGUUACAUUUCAGAAGCAGCCGCGGCGACGUUCUGUUAUCAAGAAGGAUGAGGGCUCAGUGACGGAGCAGCAGUCUUUGAUUCAGAAUAUCGAUGUAUUGGGCAGUGAUGGGAAAACCCGGUUGGACAUCCUACAAGCCUCAAGUGAGCCUUCAAAAGAGAACAAGGAGCAUCGAAGGAUCAUUAGUCAGUCAAUGCAGUCAUCGCAGAUGCAGAUUCCGACUGUGACUUUUGUGGACAAUCAGCAUAUCUUGCCAAGAAGCUUUUUGCGACCUGCUUCACCCGAAGUGCCUCAGCGCGGUAGGAGUGUAUCUAUGGCUGUAGCGGAGGACAUUGUCGAUGCAAAUAGAUAUCAAGAUUCCACUGUCCCUGGUACACUUGCCAAGCGACCGGAUCUUGAAUCUCGCCACGCCAACAGCUGGGGUGCGACGACUGUCAACAAGCGUCUGCGCAACGAGGUCUUCAAUGAUGCCUUCCUCAAACGACCGGUUCCUGUCCAGAAGCAUCAAAAGCCAGCAUCACAUUCAAGGACGAUUGCUCGGCGAGCUGUCCAAGGACAACAGCUUGUUCGCCCCAGCACCGCCGAUCCCGACCUCCCUUCCCCACGAAUUGAGACGAAGGGAAUUUCGGAAGGGCCGCAUGGACCCAGUCCUCUUCGGUCAAGUCCUAACCUCCCCCAGAUGCAGAGUGAUCUUGGUCCUGAUGAAAGCAAACUCAAGGUUGAGGGGGCUGAAGAAGUCAAAGAUGUCACAGGUACUAGUGCUCCCGAGCCUGACACACUGGCUGAACACUUCCCUCCUCAUCAGCGGCGUAAGCGCAGAUACUCGGGCACGAACCUGAGGAGAAAACCCGAAGACGUCGAUGGGUCCCGUGGAGAUCUGAAAUACUUUGAGACAGUGGAUGAUGCAGGUUACAAAGGAGAUGCCGAGGGUCUUCUGUCACCAUCCAACGCAAGUGCGAUCAGCGCAACCACAGGAACCAACCUGACACCUACAGACAUGGACCAGGUCCCUCCAACAGAAAUCACACUGCCAAAAUCAUCCUUUUCUUCGGUUGCACCAUCUGAGCUUUCCAGUCCGGCGAUGGAGCUCAAGAAGAUUACUCGCCCGGUCAAUCCCAAGGAGGCACAAACUCAGCAAGAAUCUAUCAAAUUCUUCCUACUCUUGGAAGAUUUGACAGCAGGUAUGAAGCAUCCUUGCAUCAUGGACUUGAAGAUGGGCACGCGCCAGUAUGGUGUUGAUGCCACCACUAAGAAACAAGAGUCGCAGCGUCGUAAGUGCGCAGGUACAACGUCAAAGGAGCUUGGCGUCAGAGUUUGUGGGUUGCAAACUUGGGAUGCCAAAGAACAGAGAUAUAUCUUUAAGGACAAGUACUAUGGUCGUGACAUCAAGGCUGGAAAGGAGUUUCAAGAUGCCCUGAGACUUUUCCUUUCUAACGGUAUUGAUGACUCGAGCGUCCUGCGACACAUUCCAACCAUUAUUCAAAAGCUCAACCAGCUUGAGCUUACUGUGAAACGCCUGCGGGGUUAUCGUUUCUACGCGGCUAGUCUUUUAAUGUUUUACGACGAGGAUACCCCCGGGGAUGAGCACGAUGCCAUCAUUGAUGAUUCGACGACUGACUUCCCAACGGACACGGAGGAGGCAUCAGGGGGAAGACGGCGCCGCAAGAAGGAAAUUGACUUCAAAAUUGCCGAUUUUGCCAACAGCGUCACCCCCAACGACAUAGUCAGGGACCAUCCCUGCCCACCGCGGUAUCCGGAUGAGCCUGAUCGUGGGUUUUUGCGCGGCCUUCGUAGUCUCAAAGAAUACUUCCUCCGCAUCCAGAAAGAAGUGAGGGAGGAGCUUGGUUUGAUAUCCCACUACCGGCAGGGAAGGUGUCAAGAGGAGUUUGACGACAUGGAGAACAUUUAUGAUUCUGCCAGCGAUUGAGGGACUCGGCAAAAAUGUCUAGCUUCAUGGACUUUCAGCACCGUUUUUGCACAGUUUGGGGGCUUUGUGUCAUUAGACAGGAGUUGGCUUGGUUUGCAUUUGAAACUGGAUUAUGAGGAGUCUGCUACGGUUUACUUUCGGCGCUUGGGGGCUCUCGCGGCUUUUCCUAAACAAUACCCCUGAUCAUGCAUGUCUCAGGCGUACUGUCGCUUGUUGCUU